CUUGGGUUUACUCAAAGUUUUACUUGAACUAAUAUUCGUAAAGAUGACUGAGACAUCUGUAUCUCCAGCUCCAGUUGAAGAGAAGGCUCCGGCCAAGGUCGACUCGCCUAAAAAAGCUGCUGCCAAAAAACCAGCAACGAAGGCAACUCAUCCAAGUGCUGCAGACAUGGUCACUGCUGCCAUCAAAUCUCUUGGUGAACGUGGGGGAUCAUCUCUUCAGGCCAUCAAGAAGUAUAUCGCUGCAAACUACAAGGUUGACGUUGAAAAGCAAGCGCCGUUCAUCAAGAAGUUCCUCAAGGCCGCCGUCAUCAAGGGAACUCUGGUUCAAACCAAAGGAAAAGGCGCAUCUGGAUCAUUCAAACUUCCAGUUGAAAAAGCUGCACCUAAACCUAAAGCUGCCGCGAAGAAACCCGCUGCUGCAAAGAAACCUGCAGCUGCCAAAAAACCAGCAGCCAAGAAAGCAACCGGUGAAGCCAAAGCUGUCAAGAAGCCUGCAUCGCCCAAAAAAGCACCUGCUAAAAAAUCUGAGGCCAAGAAACCAGCAGCUAAAGCACCAGCUAAAACUAAAGCUGCUGCUUCUCCAAAAGCCAAGAAAGCUGCCAAGGCUCCAACAACUAAACCCAAGUCACCCAAGCCUAAGAAAGUUGCUGCACCAAAAACAGCAAAAGCGCCAGCUAAAAAAACUGCAGCAGCCAAAAAGUAAAUUCUCACUCAGCAUUCUUAGGAAUUUCUGAUUGAUUUAAAUACCUGAUAUAUAAAUAAGCUUUUUUGAGGCUACCUGAUUUUUCAAAACGUAUUCGAGAUCCAUAUAAAAAAUAAAACCAACGGUCCUUUUCAGGACCAACCAAAUUUUUUAAAACGUAAUCAAUUCUCAAAUUUAAAAGUCAAUAUGACUCAUAUAUUAUAAGACUCCAAUUUCUUUUUAAUAGAUUUAACAGAACCUGAUCUUAUAAAAUGUUUCCACUUUCUAAUCGAAGUUAAUACUCAAAUAAAACUUCCGCCUUGACACAUCAAGUCGUCUAUUGGUCUACUUAAGAGCCGACAGUACGAAUUAAAUUUCAGAUUUCUUACAUUUUAAAUAAUUAUGAAACUCGAUGACGGAAAUUUAUCUUGUGCAUUUUUCCAAAAACUGAAAAAAAAUCUAAUGAUUUGCAAAUGAAUAGAAGUCUAGAAUUCGAAAAUUUUAAUGCGGGUGAGCCUUAAUGAUUAAAAAAAAUAAUUUUAUUAAGUUGUCAUCCCUAGUUAGGACAAUUUCCGUUAAGAUGUUCGAUAUUUGUUCAUAAAUUUAACGCAGUGGAUAUUGUUAUUAUAUUAGAAAAAUUAGUGACAGAUAAAAUAUUACAGUCUAAUAAAAUAUAAAAUGCAGUAGAAGUCACUACAAAUAUUUAUUGAUGACAAUAGAAUGAGAUUUAGCGUCUAAAAGUUGGUAUCACUGCAACAGCUGAUAGAAGGCGUGACCUCAGCAGCUUUGUUGUAAAACGAACCCUAAAAAUAG